UUGCAAGUAAAGAUAUGAAUAUAAUGAACCAAGAGCCCCAUAUUAUGACCGCUAGUUCAACUGGUGAAGUUAAUAUAGCCAGUACAACACCCAUAGAUGAAGUCGUGAUGACUAGUGGCUCGAGUGGCAGUGGAGCCGAUGAUGAUAAACCAUCUUCCUCCCAGUCCAAACGGUCUAAGCAUUUGGAUAAAGAUACCACCACCAAGGGCAAGUACACGCUAAACGAUUUCCAGAUACUUAGAACCCUUGGAACAGGUUCUUUCGGUCGAGUCCAUUUGGCCCGGUCCAUUCACAAUGGGAGGUUCUAUGCCAUGAAGACGUUGAAGAAAGAACGAGUGGUAAAUAUGAAGCAAGUAGAACACACAAAUGAUGAAAGAAGAAUGUUGAAGUUGGCCCAGCACCCCUUCAUAAUACGUAUGUGGGGCACCUUCCAAGACUGCCAUAAUUUGUUCAUGAUUAUGGAUUAUAUCGAAGGAGGAGAGUUGUUUUCGCUAUUGAGAAAGUCCCAAAGGUUCCCCAUUCCAGUGGCUAAGUUCUAUGCCGCUGAAGUGUUCUUGGCCAUAGAGUAUCUACACGAUUUGGAUAUCAUCUAUCGAGAUUUGAAACCAGAAAACAUUCUUUUGGAUAAAAAUGGACAUAUUAAACUAACGGAUUUUGGCUUUGCUAAAGAGGUGAUCGAUGUAACCUACACCUUAUGUGGGACUCCUGACUAUAUAGCCCCCGAGGUGGUGGCAACAAAGCCCUACAAUAAGUCGGUGGACUGGUGGUCAUUUGGGAUCUUGAUAUUUGAGAUGUUAACUGGGUAUACCCCUUUUUACGACCCGACGCCCAUGAAAACUUACGAGAACAUUUUGAAUGGCACAAUAAACUAUCCCGACUAUUUACCACCUGAUAUUUUGGAUUUGCUCCAGAAGUUGAUUGUGAAGGACUUGACGUUACGGUUGGGAAACCUCCAAAACGGUAGUGAUGACGUAAAAAACCAUCCAUGGUUCAAAGAAGUGAUUUGGGAAAGGCUAUUGAGUCGAGACAUAGAAACCCCAUAUGAACCUCCUAUAACUAGUGGUGUGGGAGACACAUCGCAGUUUGACCGGUACCCUGAAGACAAAGAUCUUGAUUAUGGGAUUUCAGGAGUGCCGGAUCCAUAUGGUGAUAUGUUUAACGAUUUCUAAUGUUUCCGCCCAAAACUUCCCGCUGACAUGUACAAAAAUAUCAAAGAACAAUCAACCCCUAACAAUCUUCCGUUGUUUGUUUCUCUACGACGGUAUAUCUACUAAUGAGUCUUUCAGCCAUACGAAGUUAACAGAGAACUAAAGUUCUCCCUCAAAAAUUAGUCGGAAAAGGCGGACCAACUCAUGUUCCUGAGAUCUGGUGUCUAGAACCUUACCCCUAACCCCCAUUAAUGUCAAUAUCCUGUAUUAUACACCUAGGUUACG